GCGGCGGCGGAGCGAUGGGUACGGGGAGUCGGACAAAUGUCGGGGGGCACAGCGUAGAGCUGCGUCUUCGGAGGUGGUAGCUCUCUGGAAGACGGCUCCCAGAGCCCCGAGGCGGUUUGGCGGUGACCGGACGGGCGAGCCCACUGCGCGGCGCCCCCCGUCUCCCCUCCGCCCUCAGCGACUGCGGAGAAUGAGCGCUUCGGGCCACCUAGCGCAGCCGGAGAAUAAGCCCCGAUGAUCUCGGGCUGAGCCUGCGCCCGUGACCAUGUCGGUGGCUUUCGCGUCCGCACGACCGAGGGGCAAAGGAGAGGUCACGCAGCAAACCAUUCAGAAGAUGCUGGAUGAGAACCACCACCUGAUACAAUGCAUCCUGGACUACCAGAGCAAGGGCAAGACUGCUGAGUGCACCCAGUACCAACAGAUCCUGCACCGGAACCUGGUCUAUCUGGCCACGAUCGCGGACUCCAACCAGAACAUGCAGUCCCUGCUCCCUGCAGUGAGUGCCCACACAUGGGGUGGGGGGCUCCUCACCCUUAUCCAUCAUGGUCUAGACACAUUUUCAGGGUAGGGA